CGCCGGGGCCGCCUCCUCCCGCACGGACCCAUGAACCAGCCGGGCGGCGCGGCGGCUCCGCAGGCUGACGGAGCCAUUGCAGCUGGAAGGAAAAGCACGGCAAGCAGGGAGCGCUUGAAGCGCAGCCAGAAGAGCACCAAGGUGGAGGGGCCAGAGCCUGUGCCGGCCGAGGCCUCGCUGAGCGCCGAGCAGGGAACGAUGACAGAGGUGAAGGUCAAGACGGAGCUGCCCGAUGAUUACAUCCAGGAGGUGAUCUGGCAGGGCGAGGCCAAGGAGGAGAAGAAGGGGGUGAGCAAGGAUGGGACCGGCGACGUGCCUGCCGAGAUCUGCGUGGUGAUUGGCGGUGUCCGCAACCAGCAGACCCUGGGGUCCUACGAGUGUGGAAUCUGUGGCAAGAAGUACAAAUAUUACAACUGUUUCCAGACCCACGUACGGGCACACCGAGGGUCCUACGAGUGUGGAAUCUGUGGCAAGAAGUACAAAUAUUACAACUGUUUCCAGACCCACGUACGGGCACACCGAGACACAGAAGCCACCUCAGGGGAGGGAGCCUCCCAAGGCAACAACUUCAGGUACACGUGUGAUAUCUGCGGGAAGAAGUACAAAUACUACAGCUGUUUCCAGGAGCACCGAGACCUGCACGCAGUGGAUGUGUUUAGUGUGGAAGGGGCCCCUGAGAAUCGGGCAGACCCCUUCGACCAAGGUGUCGUGGCCACUGACGAGGUGAAGGAGGAGCCCCCGGAACCAUUCCAGAAAAUCGGGCCAAUGAACAAUAUUACAUCAGAAAUUUUUAAGAAGAAAGAAGUUAGGCAGUGCCAAAAGAGAGAAACCGGCAAUUAUACCUGUGAAUUCUGCGGAAAGCAGUACAAGUACUACACGCCCUACCAGGAGCAUGUGGCCUUACACGCCCCCAUCAUAUAUGUGCGGCCGAAGCGAGCACUGCUCACUUAUUCUAAAGCACUGGGCCCUCGGCAAGCUCCCAGUCUAGUGGGGGACAGGCUCCCCGCUGCCAGCCGCGCCCAGGUCACGCCGCACGGGUGCCCGCCUCGGCUUCCCGCGGGCCGGGACCGGCUGCUCCGCCUGCCCGCUCCGGGCCUGGCCCUCCUCACGCUCCGCCGGGUCACCUACAGCUCAGCUUCGGCUCUGCUUCUGCUGUUCCCUGAGCUGGACCCUCCUGGCUGA